AUCUCCCCAGCCUCCCUGUAUCCCCUAUUCUGAACUCUGUUGCACAGGAAAACCCUAUGCGCAUUGCGCACCCUGCCGUCACUCUCAUCUCCGUCAUAUCUUCGACUACGAAUCAACGCAUCCUCGUCACUCUCCCACGAAAACCCCGCAGUCGCCUUCGCCAGGUCCCGAUCCGGAAUACUCUAGCUCCGUUUGCAAUGGCGGAAAUCGAUACCAUCUCGACUGUCUCCGCUGAUGAGGACUCCAAGUUCGGGUUCACGCGCCCCGAGAUGUUCUCCACCAACCUCGCCGGCACCGUCGAUGCUUACGACCGCCACGUCUUCCUCUGCCAUAAGUCCCCAACCGAGUGGGCAUCGCGUGUGGAGGAGGAUCUCCUUCCCAAGCUCCUAUCCUCCGCCUUCAAAUCUCGCAAAGACGAUAUGACUUUUAAGACAAAGCUAACUGUAUGCGAGGGAGGGGACUCGGACGGAGAUGUUCUGAUUUUUCCUGAAAUGAUCAAAUACAAGGGCUUGACAGACUCAGUUGUUGAUGGUUUUGUUGACGAUGUGCUUGUGAAUGGCAAACCAUGGGCUUCUGGAGUGUCAGAGUCGAUAACUGGUUCCUAUGUGUUUGUGUGUGCUCAUGGAAAUCGAGAUAAGAGAUGUGGAGUUUGUGGGCCAGCUUUAAUUGAGAAGUUCAAAGAGGAGAUUGAGUUGCGAGGAUUGAGUGAUCAGGUGUUUGUAAGAGCUUGCUCUCACAUUGGAGGCCACAAGUAUGCUGGGAACUUGAUAAUCUAUAGCCCAGAUUCUGAGGGAAAAAUUAUGGGCCAUUGGUUUGGCUAUGUUACUCCUAAUGAUGUUCCAGAGUUGCUGGAUCAGCACAUUGCAAAGGGAGAGAUAAUAGAGCGCCUUUGGAGGGGCCAAAUGGGGGCAUCUAUUGUAGAAAGCGAUAAAGCAGCUGAACAGAAGCUUCCAAAUGGAAAAGAGGCAAAGAAAGUGAAGAAGCAUCAUGAAGAAACUAAGAUUCAGGAAACCAAAGAAAAUGUGGGUGGCUGUUGUCAAGGUGCUAAUGGGUUUUCCUGUUGUAGGGAGCCUAUUUCUGAAGUGAGCGAAGAGAACAAACCAAAACAGGAAGUGCAUGGAAAGUGUUCCCUGUGGGGAUUGAAAGGCUGGGUCUGCUCCUGGGAGCAACAUGAUGUUCUUGCAGCUGCUGCUGUGGUUGGAGCAGCAGCCACUGUUGCCGUGGCUUACAGCUACUACAGAAGGUCAGGCUGAAAUAAGCCUUACAUAAGUUAUAAUCCGCAUAUUUCCGCUUCCCUGUGGGUUUGUUUACCCACUGUUUUUGUAGACAGAUGCAAUAGAUUUAAUUAAAUAAUCCUCCUAAUAGAGUGCUUCUAUAGGAGAAUGAUGAUAUAGAUAUGUUAUUUUGUCAGGGUGGGAUGAAUUACCAAAUUUUAGAUACGGUAUGGAUGAAGUACUACUCCACUGAUUUGUCUUUGUUGAUUUCUGAACGAAUUAUAAUUUAUAAACACUUAUUUAUUUUGAUAGAUUAUUUGAAGUGUCUAUUGUCUUGCAGUCCAGACUGCAAUGGUGUACAUUGAAUUGCACGAUACUGUUUUUUUUUGGUCUUUCCUGAACUAAAUGAUUAGAGCUUAC